UGACAAGUUUGGUGAUGUGUUUUUUUUUUUUUCCUUCUUAGGUAUUUGAACCUCUCGAGGUUUUAGAGUUAGGUUUGAAGUUGGGGCUUUAAUGGAGAAGUAAUUGAAACGAAUAGUGAUUCUAUUUUUUGUUUUGUUUUCCUUCAAAUCUACACGCAAGGCUAGCAUUGUGUUCUUUCGUUUCAUUUCCUUUGGAUUAUGUAAUUUUAAAUACCCGACGUGUGUUGAUUCCUAGUUUCAAAUUGGAGUAAUGUUUCUUACAUUCACAACUAGAGGAUAACGAAGCAGUUGGAUACUAAUGCAGGGAAUCGACGUUUGUUUGAAAUGGCAAGGUGAAGGACGCAGCGUGUAUCGAUACUGACCCAAUUGUUUUGUUUACGUUGUGGAUAGAAUGCAGGCGAGUGUGGUGCUGGGGACCUGGGUUCUUCUCCUGGGUCAGGUGAUCCCUGUCUUUGGAGAGUGUGACCCCAGUCACGCCGUGGUGGCCGUGGCCAGUGUCCUGUCCACUUUGGGCUUCGUCAUGAUCGUCCUGGCCGUGGCCUACCUUGUAGUGAGGAGAAGACGAGCAGUAACUCGCAGUUUAAAAUUUGGUGACGUCAGAGACAAAGAAGGUCACGUGAACAGUGCAUUCGUUAAUGACGGCUAUCAUGAUACAGGUGGGACGUUACGGGGAGAGAACUCUCUGCACACCAAAAAUGCGAUGUCGGGGCUUAGCAACGAAAAGACAUGGAGCUCUCUACCAAGAAAAGAUAAAUUUAUACGACUGAGUAAAGAAGGCUCUUACAGUUCCUUGAACGGAAACUACAGUAGCACGGACCCUGAAGUCAUCAGCGUGACGCUGGAGAGCCAGGACAUCAUAGGACUUGGCUUCAACAUUUGUGGUGGAUUUAAUGAUGGCAUCCAGGUCAGCGAGGUCAACAGUCGCGGUCCAGCCAAAGAAAAUGGAAACAUUAAAGUGGGGGACAGAAUCCUGAGUGUCACUGUUUGCUAUGAACACAUUGUUUAUGAAGACGCUCUCACCAUUCUCAGCUACGCCUCUCCCUACCCCGUUAAAAUACGGCUCCAAAAAUCCACCGGGGAAAACAUUAAAAAAUUUGACGGCAAGAGAAUUAAAGUUGGCAGUAGACGUCUCAGCCAUCCUUUAUUCAGAAGUCGCUCUCUGGAGGCAGUCAAGUCAUCUGGCCACAAGGAAGCACCAUCCAGGUCGUCCCACCCCAAGCGCACGCAGAGCGACUUGAAGUCUGGCCACAAGCUUUUGAAGUGGCCAGGUAAGCAUUCCCGAAAAGAAAAAAGCAGCCCUACCAAAGAAGAUCCCGCGUCAUUUAAAUGGCCGGCUAGUAAGCAAAUUAAUGUCGAUAUUGAACAUUCCAAAAACUCCGAUAAGGAGCUAGGAGUCCGACUUUCUCGGAUACAGGAUACUUUUAACUCAGACAACGAAGAAGAUGACCAGUUCUCCCUGGUCAAGCAGCCUGCCUCGCAAUCGGAUAAAAAACUGGCCACUUCGAGCACGAGCAGUGCCGACUCCUGCAAUCCUAAAGUAGCUCCGGACAAACCCGAGCGCAAAAAUCGGAGAAAAAGUGAUGUGCCAUUCAGUCCCAAGGAAGUGCCAGUGUUGGAUGCCAUGGAAGCAACAAACACUAAUACCCUCUCUUUCACACCUCCUUCAAGUGAGAGCGUCAACGCCAAAGUCAUAGAAGAACUCAUUGUACCCAAGACGAUACAGCGGGCAGACAUUGGCAAAGAAGAUGAGCAGAAACCUGAAGCUGAUAAGAGGGACAUCAAAGGAGCUUUAGACAUUCUCAGGAAGUUUGCCUUUAAGGAUGACCAGGGCCCCAUUCGAUCGCCGUCCCCUGACGCGGAACCUGUAGAGGAGGAGAUUAUAUUACCAGAAACAAAGUCUGGUCAUGGCUUGUUGACUGCCGCUCCCAUUGUUGACAUGGAUUCUUCCAAUAACAAUGUUAAACUUUCUACAGACAGCAACAAACCAAAGACUUUGAACGAUGAAAUUCUGGAGAUGAUUAUCGCAAUGAAUUCUUUCCCCCCAGGCACUCAGGGCUACGCUGGUUUAACGGCUGGUGGGCAGCAAGGCGGAGUGGUUGACGAUUUCAUCCCAAACAAUCUCGGCUUUGUGCCUCAACCUGUCCCCAAGUCGGCCAUGUCCAAACAUUUGAAUGACACACAGCCUCAGAGCGAGUCAGAGACUUCCGUCAGAGUCACGAGUCCGGUUUUAAACAACGCCAGAAGUGUGGCCUAUGAGAUCAGGGACGAUCUCGUGACUGGGCAACCGUUCGCCGUGGAGAUCAACAAACAGAAGCAAUACAAAACCGGGAACAGCAGACCCAUUGUCCGCAGCGCGAGCGACCAGGUGAUGCACGAUCAGACUCGAGUCUCACCCCUCCACACGUCUUUUAGCUUCGAUGCCAGCACCGGGCACCCGCUGCCUACAUUUGAUAACGCCACUUGGAGCAUGGACAUUGGCGACGAGCUGUCUGACAGUGGCAACUGGACUGGUCACAAACUGAAGCGUACAGAUUCUUUUGAGAACAUUUACAUCAAUGAGUAAAGGAACACCGUAUCAAAGACUACAGAGAGUUUCUAUUGAUAUUAGAUUUAACCUAAUUAAAGUAAAUACAAAGACCUUCCUCAGGGAAAAAAACCAGUGUGCAUUAGGCAAUGACUCUUAACUCUUUCUCUCCUAACUGACGAUACCAGCGUUGACUCCACCAGAAUGUGGUAAACAAUUACGGAGAGAAAGAGUUAAAACUGCUUAUCCUUGGGUCCGUGAGUGCUGUCUUUACGUAAGGCGCAGCACUGGCGCAAUAUUUAUUUGAAGGAAUGUAUGAGCCAAAUGAUAUCAGUGCCACAUUGAAUAUAUCAUUAGUUACAUUUUUGUUUUCACCUUUUUUGUUAAAGAAACCUGGCUCAAUAAUAACAGAGGCCACAAUCCAAAUAUUGUAGUCCGAAAUUAUACUUUAUUUAAUCUGUUUGAAUGGUGUGGCCAAUAUUACAAGGUAUUCGUAGCUUGCAAAGACCUUCCUUCAGGGAACAGUACCAGAAAAAAAAGAAGAGGCAGACAGAGAAAGCGAUGGGAAGACAACAUAAAAGAAUGGACGGGCCUGUCAUUGAAAUAGGUUUUAUCCAAGGCAAAAGACAUAGAGGAAUGGAGAAUGACGGUUGUCAAAUCUUGUGUGGUGCCCCAACGGUCCAACAUACUAAGGGAUAGAUGAAAGUGAAAUGAUGGGGAUGUCUGGGCCCUUUUUUAUUGUAUGUAAAUUAUAAAAAUAUCAUUAUGUUUUCGCACUUUUGAUCAAACAUUGUACAUAUCAAAUUAAAUUCAUAUGUAAUUUAUUACGAACAUAUUUGUGGGCGGUGAUAUUGUACAUACACACAUAUAUAUCUGGGUGAUAACUUAUUCUAUUUAUCUCACUUUUGUCUGUGUUGACUUUAUCAAUAUCACUAUAUACAUAUAUACAUUUAUAAGACUGUGGUAAAGUAUUUAUUUUUAAUAUCAAACAUACAUUUGACCCAUAUAUCAAUUAUUGUACCGUAUAUGUUUAUUUAUUUUCACGCCAGAAUGUUUAAACCACUACAUAAUCUCGUUUACUUUGUCUUAAUUAUUUUUAAUUAUAAUGCUUUAAAAAAAAAUAGCAACUAACUUGUCUAAUGCUUAGUUGCAGAAACCGGAAUCCCUAAGUUUAAUCUAGGUUUAAUCUCAGGCAGACAGUGAUUUUUCAGUUCGGGAGUUAAGAAAGUUCUAACCCCAUUGAGUGUUAAAGCCUCCAAGCCGUAAGAGUACCUGACAUUUGAUGUCAUCAGUGAAAGGGGUUGUUUAGUUGAUAAGAUAUUCGCAUCAACCAAUGGUCAGGGCAACUCAAUAUCAACUUCACUUAAAAUUCCAACCAAAAUAAAGUUAACUGAAAAUUCGGUAGUUGAAUAGCAAAAAAAAAAAAGCUUGUGGUGUUACUUCAAUGGGGCGUGACAAAUGGUUCUACAUUAAUUCACAGGCCUGUGUUUGGGUCACUGUGCAUCAUUUAUAAUUGUAUUCAUAUUUCUUGUACUAAAGCCUGCUUAUACAUUUAUAGCUUUAAUUUAAGAAACAAGAAACAAAAAAAACAAGGGGGGGGGGAUCUCGUCUGCGAAGAAAUCAUCUGAAUAAUUGUAGUUUUAAACUUACUGACCUAUAUCGUCCCCCGCCGUUCGGCAUUGGGCGGCAAGCUGUCUCCAUGGAGAUCUGUUUGUAUCAAACAGUUUAACAAAAGAAAAAAUGUUUCACACAUGUAGGAAAUACAU